AACUUGGGCUCGGGAACUCCGCUCGGCCCCAGGCGACUUCGGCAGCCCUAACGGCGCAGACAGGCCCGCGGGUGGCCCCGCGCCUCCCCGGCUCUUUGUGGAUGGAGGCGCCUCCAGACGCAGCGGGCUGAGCGCCUGGCCUGCGCCGCGCGGCCCCUGCGGACCACACCUCCCCGGCGCAGGCGCUGCCCCGCGUGCGGGAGAUGCGGUACCAGCACAGCCGGCUCCUCAGGGCCCUGGUCUGACCGCCAGGAUGGAGCUGGGGCCGGCAGCUGCCACCGAGACCUUCGUGCUGCAGCUGCAGUGCCUGGAAGACGGCGGCCCCAGGCCUGACGCUCUCGCAGGUGGCAGCCAUGGGAGAGAGAGUCAGGAGCGGGAAGAGGCUCAGGAGGGGAGCGGCAGCCUCCAGCGGCCAGCAGGGGCCAGUGAGAUCCCUGAGGAGGCCCAGCCAGGACAACAGCAGCAGCCUGAGAACCCUCUGUUAGGACAUCCGCCAGCAUUGCACCCACGGCAGCAGCAGCAAGAUGGGCGCCAGCCGGAAGUUCAGGGGAAACACCAGUCCGUGCAGCUAACGCCGCAGCAGGGACAGGAGCAACAGUUCCUGCAUCAGCAGCACGUGGCCAUGCAGCCGCUGUCGGAGCAGCAGGCACAGAUGCAGCAGCUGCAGCCCCCUCCACUGCGGCCGGGGGAGGAGGAGGAGGAGGAAGAGGUGGAGCUGGAGCUCAUGCCGGUGGACCUGGCCUCGGAGCAGGAACAGGAGCGGCAGCGGGAGGAGCUGGAGCGGCAGCAGGAGCAGCGGCAGCUGCAGCUCAAACUGCAGGAGCAGCUGCAGCAGCUGGAGCAGCAGCUGGAGCAGCAGCAGCGGUUGGAGCAGCUGGAGCAGCAGGAGCUGCAGCUGGAGCUGACCCCCGUGGAGCUGGGUGCCCAGCCCCAGGAGCUGCAGCUGGAGCUGACCCCCGUGCAGCCCGAGCUGCAGCUGGAGCUGGUGCCCGCCGCGGGGGGCGGCGCAGCGGCGGUCCCAGGGGCUCCGGCCGCAGUGGUGGUGGCCCCUCCUGGCUACGUGGUGCUGCAGGAGCUCGUGGUGCUGCCCGCCGUGGCCACGUCGGCCGUCGUGGCCAUUCCGGGCCCGGCUGGCAGUGCGGCCCUGACCCCGGCACGGCAGCGGCGGCGGCGGCGUGCCAGAGACCGGCCGACCAUCUGCGGGGAGUGCGGCAAGGGCUUCAGCCGCAGCACGGACCUGGUGCGGCACCAGGCCACGCACACCGGCGAGCGGCCGCACCGCUGCGGCGAGUGCGGCAAGGGCUUCUCGCAGCACUCCAACCUGGUGACGCACCAGCGCAUCCACACGGGCGAGAAGCCCUACGCCUGCUCCUACUGCGCCAAGCGCUUCAGCGAGAGCUCGGCGCUCGUGCAGCACCAGCGCACGCACACCGGCGAGCGGCCCUACGCCUGCGCCGACUGCGGCAAGCGGUUUAGCGUCUCCUCCAACCUGCUGCGCCACCGGCGCACGCACUCGGGCGAGCGCCCUUACGUGUGUGAGGACUGCGGAGAGCGCUUCCGCCACAAGGUGCAGAUCCGCCGACACGAGCGCCAGCUGCACGGCGCGGGCCGCUCGCGGGGCCUCGGCCUGCGCUCCCAGCCGGCGGGAAGCGGGGCAUCGGGGGGCAAGGCGCCCUGAUGCCCCCACGGCUCCAGCGGUCUCUGCAAGCUACCCUAGAAUGCGCGUCGGCUCCCGGGUUCCCCUGAGAGAAGUACCAAGUUCAUAGCCACGCCUGGAACCACCCAGAGGGCCGGUGCUGGGGAGGGAGGGGGAACCGAAGCUGGCGGGGAGACGCACCUGCAAACACGCGAGCCAGCAGGUGCACGCGGUUCUGCAGGGCCUGGGACCGGGUGCAAAUGCACACUCGGAUGUCCGCUCUGGGUGGAAGGUGAGACCUUCCCCGCAAGGGAGCCUAAGGUUCCCGGCUUCUCUUUCUGUUCCCAGGCCCGUGGGGCCCCUUAGCAUCCUCCGGAGAACGAGCCUGUGGCUGGAUCUGCAAGUGCACGGUCUAAGAAAAAGCCGUCCCACCCCCACCAUACCCAGCCCAGCUUCCUCAGAGGCCACCCAAGGGCUCACCCUGAGACCCAGGGGCACAGGGCUCUUCUGGCUGCAGCUGGGGAGGGGGCUGCCAGAGCAGACCCAGGGGCACAGGGCUCUUCUGGCUGCGGCUGGGGAGGGGUCUGCAGGAGCCAGACCCUAGUCCAGUCUAGGGAGAGAAUCCGGGGGCAGUAGGGAUAACCUUUAUCACGUUGACCAAAUCGUCCCGGGCACCGGCUGCUGAGCAGCAAGGGCUGCCCCCUGGCUUCAGGGGAGGUGGGGCCCUGCAAGAGGCCACUGCCCCAACCCGCGGCCCCCAAGCACUUCCCACGCGUGCUGCCUGGUGUCGGGGUCUCACCGUUCCCCCUGCCUCCCUGCUGCUCCUCUAACACGGCCUGCCACACUUCACACACGUGUUGGUGAGUGAGAACCAGAAAACGAACAAUAAAACAGAGA